AUGGAAUCCCGGCCAACGUCUAGUGAGACCUUGAUGUACGGCAUUGGUCAAGUUGCUGUGAAGUAUGGUGAACCCACGUCAUCACGCAAGCGUGAACUUCAAGAAAAGAUGCAGGCCAGCCAACAACGGAUCGAAGCACUGCGUCGAAGGUUGUCCAACUUGGCUAAUGUGAGCGCACCAGAACCAGAAGUUCCAGGUGCCCCGUUUACUGCUCAGUCUUCAGGGUCUUAUAGUGCAGGGAACCCUUGUGAAGGGGUGGCAGACAAGUGCUCACCUCCCUAUGGAAGAUACCAUGAUAGGGAAAACCCACUCAUGGAGACACCGCCUCAGCCUGAACCUUUCCCACCACUGAUGACAGUGGAGCCCACGUUGCCUGAGCCUGAACCUACGGCCACACCUGUGGCCACACCGCCUGAGCCUGUGGCCACACCACCUGAGCCUGUGGCCACACCUCCUAAGGCCGCACCCAUGACCGUUGAGCCAGGCCUUGUCACACCGGAGGCUUGUGCACCAGCUCCAAGCCCUGCCACAGAGGUUGAUGAUGAGCCGGGCAUCGGGGAUUCGGUUUCUGCAUGUGGGGAGAUGCCACCACCGAGCAACCCAUACUGGAAGUUUCUAGGCAAAGAACUUCAGAAGAUGUUUCUGGAGAAUGGGAGCUUCGAGAAGUUGGAGAUCCGCAUCAAGAAGAAGCAUGUGGAGAAGUCAAGCAGGGUCAAGAGCGGAGGUUGGUACACCAAGGGUCAACUAGAAGGACUUCACCAAUGGAACAAGAAAAUGGUUGAGCGGGCAUUUGCUUGGGCUGAGUCGAAGUCAAAGACCCGGGUUAAUCCGAUCCAUGGAGAACCUGAAGCUUUCUUGAUCUUGUCUGAUAGCUUUGCGGUGAGUUCCGAAGACACUGAAGAAAGCAUCCAAGAAGGAUGUGUUGAAGUUGAGGACACUGCAGGGUCCCUCAUGGACACCACCCUGCCUGACAUGAAUGAUGACGAGGCCCUUUUGACCAGUGUUGGCAACACCUCAGGGGCUGCUAGCUCCAGCGGCGCCAGCAGCAAUGGGAUGGGUAGUGCGGCUGGAGUGAUGACCUUUAAGUUGUGCUUUCCUACGGUCGUCGCCAAUGCAAGCCCGCUCACAGUGUUGCCGGGGUUUGUUGAAAUCUUGGGGCGAAAGCUUGACAAGAUUGGCAUGGAACUGGACCGGUUCUCAUGCAGUGCCAAUGUGAAAUGA